GACAACUUCUUCUUCGUAUCCUGCCAUCCUCCAGUCCUGACCCCAAGUGACCUUUUGGGUAAAGUCUCGCAAAUUCACGCGAGAUUUACACGAGAACUCAUAAUCAGCUACAGGAAAGCCAAAAAGCCCAGCAAAGAUACAAGUGUGAUUCUGCUACCUGUGGACCAACCCAGCAGCCAAGAUGCGGGAGAAGAUGACAGAGAAGGAGUGUCCACUCCAGUUCCACGACUUUAAACCCGUAGACCACUCCAAACUGUGUCCACGCUUCACACAAAUUCUGUCCAGAACAGAAGAAGAGGGAAUAGGAGAGGAGGAGCUGGACACCAUCCAGUUGGAGCUGGAGACUCUGCUGGCCUCCGUGUCUAAAAGGAUGCGACAACUGGAGGGAGAAACACAAGUACUCAUCGACUGGCAGGACAGGAAGGACAAGAAAGGCAGCAUGGGGAAAGUGCACAAGGACUCGGACCAUCCCCACUCCGGAAAGCGUGGAAGGCCAGAAGAGAAGGCCUCCACAAAGAAGUUCAAGGGAGACACAGCGACUACAAGUUCAAGUACAGGGAAGUGGGGGGCAUCGGCCUCAACCUCACAUUCCACCCCAUCCUCUCACAGUCAAUCUGGACCUGGGAGACCCAAGAGCAAACAGGCAAACAUACAGCAAAAGAUGCAGGAGUAUGAGUUCACAGACGACCCCCUGGACGUCCCACGCAUUCCCAAGAACGACGCGCCCAACCGUUUCUGGCAGUCGCUGGAACCGUACGUGGCGGACAUCACGCACGACGACCUGAAGGUGCUGGAGGAGCUGAUGAAGCCAGUGGAUGAGGAAUCUGAGUAUUACAAGGUCCCCCCUCUAGGGAAACAUUACACGCAGAGGUGGGCACAGGAGGACCUCUUGGAGGAACAGAAAGAAGGUGCCCGCGUGAAUGAGAAGGGUAAAUCCAAGUCUGCCCUGGGGGGGAGUUCGUCAGCUAACAUCUCUGAGACAUCAGCCAUGCUGAAGAAGGUAGACUCCAACUCUCAGAAGUCAAGGACCAGGGACACCGAGACCAACUGUCCAUUUGGCCCCCUGACUCAGCGACUGGUGUCAGCUCUUGUGGAGGAGAACAUCAUGACUCCUAUAGACGACACCUCUCUCAUAGAUAGCUCUACAAAGGGAGAUGGUCAGUCGGGUGAGGCCAGCUCCAGCUCCCCCCGCAGCAGCAGUAGUCGCCCCUUCAGCGUGCCCCACACCAGGGCACUAGAGGCACGCAUCAGGGAGGAACUCAUCAACCAGGGGUUGAUUGAGUCGGAAGAUCAGGCAGGAGAGGACACAGAAGACGAGGUGUUGUCUGAGCUGAAGAAACGUCAGGCAGAGCUGAAGGCCCUGGUGGCACACAACCGCUCUGCCAAACAGAGACUACACAAACUUGCCAAAGAAGAGAUCCGCAAACAAGAACUCAGGCAGAAAGCCAGAGUCAUAGACAAUGAGGUGAUGGACUGCUUCAGGAAGAUCAUGGCAGCACGACAGAAGAAACGAACCCCGACCAAAAAGGAGAGGGAUGCAGCUGUCAAGGCACUCAAGGAGAGGGACGCUAUCAUGAAACUGCUGGAUUCAUGAUAAACUGUGCCAAUAUAUCCUUAUGUAUAUCUGUAUAAUUAUUUUACUGUGUAGCAGAGAAGUUGUAACCAUGUAAGCAGCAGAUUGCAGCUAAUAGUAGUUAUAAUACCAUCAUCAUAAUACCUAAGACUUGAAAACAUGGUAACCCUAGAUACACAACUAUGUACAUUGUAUUUGUCCUGUUGCUGACUUGAAUGCUAUACAUUGUCAAGUGAAAUUGUUCAUGUAAUCCAGUUACAAAAGAUAUUACACAAGCUCUAAUAAUAUACAAGAUCUAUAGUUUUGAGUAGCUUACUUAAGUUAGUGACUACCAGUAUAUGGCAAAUAUCAUCGUAUAGAAUAUAUGAUGAUCGACUUUCUUUUUUACAUUUUUUCUACCUAACAGAUAUGAAUUGUGAUUGUAAAUAGUAAAUACAAUAAAAAGUAUUGUUUCCCAACUUUUCAAACUUAUGCUAGUAUCAUUUCCAAUAUUGUGUAGCAUGUAUAUAACACAACAAUGGUACUGGACAAAUCAAAGAUUGGUAAAUACAUAAUCAUCUAAUAGUAGCAGAUGUGUAUGAUGAAAGCUGACAUUUUCUAAAACUAAAACUUGGAAUAAAGAGUGUA